AGCAGUGGUCUCUCUCUCUCCCUCUAAAUAACUUUUUCCCUUGUCCCCACAGAAUGCCGUAAAUGAAAAUGGCUGCCGAGAAUUCCUCCUUCCUGGCAGAGUUUAUCCUCGCAGGCUUAACCGACCAACCCGGAGUCCAGAUCCCCCUCUUCUUCCUGUUUCUAGGCUUCUAUGUGGUCACUGUGGUGGGGAACCUGGGCUUGAUAACACUGACAGGGCUCAACUCUCACUUGCACACCCCUAUGUACUUCUUCCUCUAUAACUUGUCCUUCAUAGAUUUCUGCUAUUCCAGUGUUAUCACUCCCAAAAUGCUGAUGAGUUUUGUCUCGAAGAAGAAGGGCAUCUCCUACGCUGGGUGUAUGACUCAGCUCUUCUUCUUUCUUUUCUUUGUUGUCUCUGAGUCCUUCAUCCUGUCAGCAAUGGCGUAUGACCGCCACGUGGCCAUCUGUAACCCACUGUUGUACAUGGUCACCAUGUCUCCCCAGGUGUGUUUGCUCCUUUUGCUGGGUGUCUAUGGGAUGGGGUUUGCUGGGGCCAUGGCCCACACAGCGUGCAUGAUGGGUGUGACCUUCUGUGCCAAUAACCUUGUCAACCACUACAUGUGUGACAUCCUUCCCCUUCUUGAGCGCGCUUGCACCAGCACCUAUGUGAAUGAGCUGGUAGUGUUUGUUGUUGUGGGCAUCGAUAUUGGUGUGCCCACAGUCACCAUCUUCAUUUCCUAUGCUCUCAUUCUCUCCAGCAUCCUCCACAUUCGUUCCACGGAGGGCAGGUCCAAAGCCUUCAGCACCUGCAGCUCCCACAUAAUUGCAGUUUCUCUGUUCUUUGGGUCAGGAGCAUUCAUGUAUCUCAAACCCUCUUCUAUUUUACCUAUGAACCAGGGCAAGGUGUCUUCCCUGUUCUAUACCACUGUGGUGCCCAUGCUCAACCCAUUAAUUUAUAGCCUGAGGAAUAAGGACGUCAAAGUUGCUCUAAAGAAAAUCUUGAACAAAAAUGCAUUCUCCUGAGAAAAGGGCAAUGCGCAG